UAGACUUGAAAAAAGAAAAGAAAAAAGAAAAAAGAAAAAAAAUUGACAAUAGAGAGAACAGUCUCUCUCUUUAAGUAGUGUUCUCUUAAGUUUUCAUUUGAGUAAAACAGAGACCAAACAGCAGAGAUUUUGUUCUUCUUUUCUUUCUUUCUUUUUCAUUAGAUAAAAGGAAAAAAUGGGUAGACUUGCGCCACUUUCAGAGGAACCAACCAACGAAGAAGACGAUUCUUCAAAUGGCUCAAAGAAAGGAAUGCGUCAAACAUGGCGGAACUGGAUCAAAACCCACAUUUCUCUCGUCUUCAACAAGCGUUCUGACCUUAAGAUCCUACUCAGUGUUCUGGGUUGUCCUCUUUUUCCUCUCUCUCUUCACCCUGAUCACUCUCUUAAUGAGGUGUCAUCCUCGGCACAAUACAUAAUACAACACUUCACAGCUGCCACCGGUUGCCGGAAGCUAGAAGGUACGGUAAAGAACAUAUUUGUCACCGGAAAAGUGACAAUGGCAAUGGGGGACCAUGACCUCGGCUCGGCUGGCGUCUCGGCUUCUGGAGCCGCCAGUAGUAGUAGUAGUAGUACUAGUAGCACAUUUUCUCAAAAGGGCUGUUUUGUAAUGUGGCAAAUGGUUCCCAACAAGUGGUUAAUUGAGCUAGUAGUAGGUGGUCACAAGGUCAUUGCAGGUAGUGAUGGAAAUGUGGCUUGGCGCCACACACCCUGGCUCAGCGCUCACGCUGCCAAAGGCGGUGUUCGACCUCUCCGACGAGCUCUUCAGGGACUAGACCCUUUGGCAAUAUCAGCUGUAUUUUCCCCAGCACAAUUCAUAGGCGAAAAGCGAAUCUCGGGCGAAGAUUGUUUCAUGUUGAAAUUGUCAGCUGAUCAGACGGAUCUAGCUGAGCGGAGUGACAGCACAGCUGAGAUGAUCAAACAUGUAAUAUUUGGUUACUUUAGCCAAAGGAGUGGCUUACUUGUGUUCUUAGAGGAUUCUUACUUAACUAGGAUUCAAUCCCCUGGAACCUACCCUACUUAUUGGGAAACCACAAUGUCCACAAAAAUUGAGGAUUAUCGAACGGUGGAGGGUGUGAUGAUCGCCCAUUCUGGUCAAACAAACGUGAUCAUCACACGGUUUGGAGAUAAUCUAAAAUCAGGCCCCGCAAUCACUCGAAUGGAAGAGAUCUGGACCAUAGAUGACAUAGCAUUCAACGUUCCUGGUCUCUCAAUUGACUGUUUCAUUGCUCCUAAUGAUGUACAGAAACAUUACCUCCCUGAUGACAAUCUUGAUUGGAGAAAGUCACUAUAGUGUUGAUUAACAAUGAUUGACCAUGGUAUCUUGAUCCAACAGUUCUCAUUGGCUUUUGCCUUAUCAUCAAUGCCAUAAGGCUUUGACUGAGACACUACUUGUGUAUAUUUGAGAUAUUCUAAUACUCAACAUAGCAACUACUACUACCACUGUGCAUCUUUUGGAAUGUGUACAAAAAAAAUAUAAGCAGAACUUUUUUUUCCCUUUGUUACAUUAAUUUGUAUCAUUUUCCAAAUGUAAAAUUUUGCUUCUUGGAAAAAAAAAACAAAAAAACUGUUUGGUAGUCGGACCACAUAAA